AUGAAUACCGGAGUAAUGAAACUCAAGCUUAAUUCAAUUUUCCCAGGAACAACAAAUAUUUUGGUAGUUGGCAUUAUUAUUGCUAAACAAUAUCCUAAAGUAAUAGUAUCAAAACAAGAUAAUAAAGAAAAAUCUGUAUUUUCGUUUACUAUACGUGACUCUCCAGAUGAUGUGGUUAAUAUAAGUGUUUGGGGUUCUAAUGAUUAUACUAGACGUUUAUAUAAUGAUUUUAAAAUCGGAGAUGUUGUUGAUUUAAUUAAUUCAAAUGUUACUUAUAACAUGGAUAUCAAAGAUAAAUAUAUGCCGAAAAGUUCAAGGUAA